AUGGGCUUCUUAUUGCAGGUGCGGGAGCUGGAAGGGGAGGUUGAUGCUGAGCAGAAGCGCGGUGCUGAAGCCGUGAAGGGUGUGCGCAAGUACGAGCGGAGGGUGAAGGAGCUGACCUACCAGUCUGAGGAAGACAGGAAGAAUAUUCUCAGGUUGCAGGAUCUGGUGGACAAGCUGCAAAUGAAGGUGAAAUCCUACAAGAGACAAGCUGAGGAGGCUGAGGAGCUCUCCAAUGUCAAUCUCUCCAAGUUCCGCAAGAUCCAGCAUGAGCUGGAGGAAGCUGAGGAGCGAGCUGACAUUGCAGAGUCGCAGGUCAACAAGCUCCGAGUGAAAAGCCGUGAGUUUCAUGGCAAGAAGAUAGAAGAGGAAGAGUGAGGAUGUCAUGAGACGUCAAAGUGACCUGAGGAAUGCACAAAAUGUGAACCUCUCAGUCGCUUUCUUCUGUAAUUAGGCUUUGUAAGCAUGUCAAUGUCUAGAGAAUAAAGAACAUAGAUUCCUUCACAUACACA